ACAUCUGACUGGCAGCAAGUAAAAUGUCAUUGUCACGUUUUGCAGCUGGUGUGUGGGUUCCGGUUUGCCGGUCGAUAGUAAUUCGAUCGUGCGUGGCGGUCGCGAGUGUACGUACGCGUUAUUAUUCUACCUUCGAAACGAAGCAUUUGGCUCGUCAUAACUCAGGCGCAAAAAUGUAUAUCGCCGAAGAGAGAGGCUCGCCUUAUGCCCCUGAUUAUCGUGUCUAUUUCAAGGAUGAGAGCGGGCCCAUAUCGCCGCUGCACGACAUCCCUCUAUGGGCGGACAAGUCGCAGAAAUUGGUGAACAUGGUGGUGGAAGUACCGCGCUGGACCAACGCCAAGAUGGAGAUCAGCCUCAGCGAGCCGCUGAAUCCGAUCAAGCAGGACGUGAAGAAGGGCGCGCUGCGGUACGUGAGCAACGUGUUCCCGCAUCGCGGCUACAUCUGGAACUACGGCGCCUUGCCGCAGACGUGGGAGAACCCGCGUCACGUGGACGGACGCACCGGCGCGCGCGGCGACAACGACCCCGUGGACGUGAUCGAGAUCGGGCAGCGCGUGGCGGCGCGCGGCGACGUGCUGCAGGUCAAGCUGCUCGGCGCGCUGGCGCUCAUCGACGAGGACGAGACGGACUGGAAGCUGCUGGCGGUGGACGCGCGGGACCCGCUGGCGCCGCGGCUCAACGGCGUGGCCGACGUGGAGAAGCUGCUGCCGGGCCUGCUGCGCGCCACCGUCGAGUGGUUUCGCCUCUACAAGGUGCCCGACGGCAAGCCGCCCAACAAGUUCGCCUUCGACGGCGAGGCCAAGGACGCCGACUUCGCGUACGAGGUCGUCGACGAGGUUCACGAGUUCUGGCGCGCGCUGAUCAUGGGCGAAGUGCCCGACUCCAACGACAUUAACAAGAUGAACGUGUCGGUGGAGGCGAGCGCGGCGCGGGUGGAGCGCGCGGCGGCGGGCGCGCUGCUCGGCGCGGCGCCGGCGCGCGGCCUGCCGCAGCCGCUGCCCGCCGACGUGGACAAGUGGCACUUCUUAUCAAGCCUGUAAGAACUAAGCAAGCAACAAGCCCACUUCCUCUCUCCCGUCUCCCCCACCUCCACAUUUGUCUCCCAGAUCACACGCAGGAAGAGGAAAAUAUUAAGGAGGGAUGACAGUUCUAACGCGCUCUGAUGAUACUUUACCAUAUUUUCCACGUUCAAUCAUCAAAGCGCUUGUAUGCGCGCGAUAGCCGCGACUAUGCCUCGUCGUGUACAUUAAACUACUUAAUGCUUGACAUGUUAGCCGGCUAACAUGACAACUACAUGACAGUUACAUGACAUUACACGUGUCACGGGAAUAUAACCAUAAGGUUAUUUUAUGUAAUGAAUAAUAAUAUUUAUUACAUAAUAAGGUUAUUUUUCCGUGACACGCGUAAUGUCAUGUGCCUGUGAUGUUAGCCGGCUAAUAUUCCAAUCAUUCCGAUGGCAAAUGGUUUAAAAAAUUCAGAGAUGCAUUUUUAAGUUUAAAGUACGAAUUUCCCCAUAAUACUUAGUGUGGUUUACACUGGUCGUAAGUGACAACCCCGCGAUGCAUUUGUGUCGCUUGUUGCUGCGAGCGAUGUCGCAUGUGUGACGCAGGUUGUGUUCGUGGGUUUGUGUGGCGCCGCUCCCUCCCCCCGCUGUCUACUCUGCGCAGUGGGGAUGAAGCCCCGGUGCGUCAAUACUCAUACUCAGUGUAAUGAUUUAAAACGUAAGUUUGAGGCAGGCGGGGGAAGCGACGCCGGGGCCACGCACGGUAGAGUGAUUGUCUGCCAUUACGUUGUAAGCUUAAGAUGAUUAAUAUUUAUACUUGAUUAAAGUUGAUGUUGGCAUGUGA